AGCCGCCUCGCUUUUCUCCCUCCUCUCAACUCCGCCUAUCCUUCUUCCUCGUCUUAGCCGCCAUGGGUAGAGUGAUCCGAGCUCAAAGGAAGGGUGCGGGUUCAGUUUUCCGAUCGCAUACCCACCAUCGCAAAGGCCCGGCUCGUUUCCGCAGCCUCGACUUCAGCGAGCGUAAUGGAUAUCUUAAGGGCGUGGUCACCGACAUCAUCCACGACCCUGGACGCGGUGCGCCGCUUGCCCGCGUAACCUUCCGCCAUCCAUUCCGUUACAAGCACCAGAAGGAGCUCUUUGUCGCGGCUGAGGGCAUGUACACGGGGCAAUUCGUGUACUGCGGUCGCAAAGCGUCUCUCAUGGUCGGUAAUGUUCUUCCUCUUCGCUCCAUCCCUGAGGGCGCUGUCGUAUGCAACGUCGAGCACCAUGUUGGAGAUCGUGGAAUGCUCGCGAGGGCGUCUGGGGACUACGCUAUUGUAAUCAGCCAUAACCCCGAUAAUGGCACCAGUAGGAUUAAACUCCCAUCUGGAGCAAAAAAAAUCGUCCCAAGUGGCUGCCGUGCAAUGAUUGGGCAAGUUGCUGGUGGCGGUCGAACUGAAAAGCCUCUUCUGAAAGCAGGUAACGCCUAUCACAAAUACAGAGUGAAGAGAAACUGCUGGCCCAAGGUUCGUGGUGUUGCUAUGAACCCAGUCGAACAUCCCCAUGGAGGAGGAAACCACCAGCAUAUUGGGCAUGCCUCCACCGUCCGCCGCGAUGCUCCACCUGGACAGAAGGUUGGUCUUAUUGCUGCGAGAAGAACUGGGAGACUCAGAGGGCAGGCUGCUGCUACAGCUGCAAAGGCAGAUAAGGGUUCUUAGAUGAUCAACUUAUUCUCUCUUAGUUUUAUUUGUUUUUGUUUCGUGUCCGUAGGUUUCUGUAUCGAUGUAUUGGUGAAGUUGAAGAAGUCUUUAUUGGGUGAGGACAGUUUUUCUAAUUUAUUUAUGUUUUAUGUUUGUCAUUUCUUCGGUGUUUUUCUUCUGUAUUUGACAAUUAUUUUGGAAUCUGAGAGCUGAACUUUGUUUGUUUGUGUUUAUUUAAAAUGGGUAUACUGCA